CAAUGAGGAACGAUCAAACAUGGCUGCGCCCAUGUAACCUCGGCAGCGGCCGCUGACCUUUCUUUUCCUUCUUGUCACCUGGACCCUGUGGUGGCAGGCGGGGCACAAGAACCAUGCUGGGCCGGACCCUCCGAGAAGUUUCUGCAGCCCUGAAACAAGGCCAGAUUACACCAACUGAGCUCUGUCAAAAAUGCCUCUCCCUUAUCAAGAAGACCAAGUUUCUAAAUGCUUACAUUACUGUAUCAGAAGAGGUGGCUUUAAAGCAAGCUGAAGAAUCAGAGAAAAGAUAUAAGAAAGGUCGCUCACUAGGGGAUUUAGACGGAAUUCCCAUUGCGGUAAAAGACAACUUUAGCACGUCCGGCAUUGAGACAACAUGUGCAUCAAACAUGCUGAAAGGUUAUGUACCGCCUUAUAAUGCUACAGUGGUUCAGAAGUUACUGGAUCAGGGAGCUCUACUAAUGGGAAAAACAAACUUAGAUGAAUUUGCUAUGGGAUCUGGAAGCACAGAUGGCAUAUUUGGACCCGUUAAAAACCCCUGGAGUUUUUCAGAACAAUACAGAAAAAAGAGGAAGCAGAAGUCCCAUGGUGAGAAAGAGGAUUCAGAUUGGCUCAUAACUGGAGGAAGCUCAGGAGGGAGCGCGGCAGCCGUAUCAGCAUUCACAUGCUUUACGGCUUUAGGAUCAGAUACAGGAGGAUCGACCAGAAAUCCAGCGGCCCACUGUGGGGUUGUUGGUUUAAAACCAAGCUAUGGCUUGGUUUCUCGUCAUGGUCUCAUUCCCCUGGUGAAUUCAAUGGAUGUGCCAGGAAUCUUAACCAGAUGUGUGGAUGAUGCAGCCAUUGUGUUAGGUAUACUAGCUGGGCAUGACCCCAAAGAUUCUACCACAGUACAAGAUCCUGUUAAACCAUUUGUGCUUCCCAGUUUGACAGAUGUGAGCAAAUUAUGUGUAGGAAUUCCAAAGGAAUAUCUUGCACCAGAAUUGUCAAGUGAAGUACGGUCUCUUUGGUCCAAAGCCGCUAACCUGUUUGAGUCUGAGGGGGCCAAAGUAAUUGAAGUCUCCCUGCCCCACACCAGUUUUUCAAUUGUCUGCUACCAUGUAUUGUGUACAUCAGAAGUGGCAUCAAAUAUGGCAAGAUUUGAUGGGCUAGAAUAUGGUCAUAGAUGUGACAUCGGUGUGUCUACUGAAGCCAUGUAUGCUGCAACCAGACGAGAAGGGUUCAAUGAUGUGGUGAGAGGAAGAAUUCUCUCAGGAAACUUUUUCUUAUUAAAAGAAAACUAUGAGAAUUAUUUUGUCAAAGCACAGAAAGUGAGACGACUCAUUGCUAACGAUUUUGUGAAUGUUUUUAACUCUGGGGUGGAUGUCUUGCUAACUCCCACCACCUUGAGCGAGGCAGCGCCAUACACGGAGUUCAUCAAAGAGGACAACAGAACGCGCAGUGCCCAGGAUGAUAUUUUCACACAGGCUGUAAAUAUGGCAGGAUUGCCAGCAGUGAAUGUCCCUAUGGCCCUCUCAAGCCAAGGGCUGCCAAUAGGACUACAGUUUAUUGGACGUGCAUUUUGUGACCAGCAGCUUCUUACAAUUGCCAAAUGGUUUGAAAAACAAGUACAGUUUCCUAUUAUUCAACUUCAAGAACUAAUGGAAGAUUGUUCAUCAGUCUCUGAAAAUGGAAAGUUAGCUUCUGUUUCUCUAAAAUAGUAGUGAUAACUAUAUCAUGCUAAUUUAAAUUACUUGUAAAGAUUGUUAUAUUCUAGGAGUCAAGUGAUCUUGCUAAUCAAUUCUUAUAAUUUGGUUCAUUGUCAACACACUCAUUCCUUUGAAUCAUUUUAAAAAAUUCUUAUAAUAUAUUUACUUAAUUGUAAAUAAUCUGUCCUCAUGUAUUAAGCAUCCACUAAGUAUAAAUCAAGUACCAGAUUUCUAUUAUAAUACCAAAUACAUGUUCCUGAGAAAUGAUGCAGUCUGCAAAAAUAUUCAUUAAAAAGAACAGCAUACAGAAAAAGAAGCUUAGGGGCACACCUCUCAAAACUUGUACAUCUCUGUGACCAAUGCACCAAUGGAAACAGUAAGUGGUAUCCCCAGAGAUAAUGUGGGCAGCCCGGCUGACAGGCCACCCAGCAUGUGGCGGAGGCCGCCUCAGGGGGUGUCACACAUGCACAGAAACAGUGAAAUGGGAAUAUCCUCCCCUGAGUGUGGGCAGAGCAGGUGGAAGAGGAGCUGUGAGCACAGGAGGAAGUGCGUGCUGCUGGGCCCCAGGGUCAUGCAGAUGGGGAGUGUGCCCCUCUCUCUGGGGAGAGCCCCAGGUGCAGGCACUCCUCUUCCUUCUAAGAAUAGAGCUGCAGUGACUGUGAAGUUUUUCCCUUUCCUGCUAAAAGCUAAAAUUUUACUUCUGCUAUUCCAAAGCCCCAAGCCAAGGAACCAGAACAAGUCCACGUCACACUGAGUUCAUUCCCCUAAUUGCCAAUCACAGAUGAGCUCAAGGAAGUUUUUGUGACCUGACGGACCACACUGGACUCGAAAUUUGGUGGGCAGUGGAACAUGAUUUUAGUGAGAAAGUUUCAAGAUAAACAAGAUCCAGUUAUGAAAAAUUGUAGAUAAUUGGGUGAGGAUGCCAAAGAGGGGAAGCCCAUGGCCUCCUCCCUUCCCCUAGAUUCUCUAUUCCUUAUAGUUUUCUUACCCUCUUGACUUUCUCUACAAGUGCUCUCUUUUGGGCCCCUUGAGUGCAAAGAAACAUUGAUGGGAAGCUGUGUUCAGAAUUUGGGGGGGAAAAAUCUACUGAAAAAUCAUACAUUUACCCACCAUAAAUUUCCAUCAUUGGAUUUCUUUGUCUUUGCCAGAACACCACUGUCAUCUCAUGUUGAUCAAGUGUUCUAAUUUGAUACUUAUUUAUUGUUCAUAAGUUUAAGUAGGGAGCUGAAUUAUUAUGUAAUAGAUUCACUUCGUCUAGUAAGAAAAAAAUAUUUUCUAAAUGUGAAGGACAUGAAGGGAAAAUGUAAGAGGCAGAACCUUCUGAGAACCACUGAAGUGUUGCGUGAUAGGAGUUCAGCCGGCCUGGUACUUGUCUUCAUCAAUGCUUUCCCCCCUGGGACCCUUGCACUCCCACAUACUCCACCUGAUAAACUUCAGGUAAAAGUUUUCUGUGCCAGGCCCACAAGGAUUCUUAUAUAUUUUGACUGAAUCCCUGAAUGAGGAAGAAAUUCAUGAGAAAGAAUUGCUUUCCUUUAGAACAAGAGAAAACUCUUAGUUGGAGGAGCUAUUAUGAUGUAAACAGCAAGCAAACAAACCUUUGCCCCAAUAUUUUUUAAUGUGUGUAUAAUUUGAAAUAAAAAUUUUUCAAAGAA